AUUGGAUGGCAUUAAAGCAUUUUUCCCUUUUAGGAACAAUGAAGUCUGUUUUAGUAAUAUUAGUUGUUUACUUACUAUCUGUCGGAAAUUGUGCUACAACUGGGUGCGAAAUAAAUCCAUUUGGUAGCAAUACUCCGUUAGUAGUAAAAUAUGGUACGACGUCUCUAAUCGAACCCACACCUGGUUAUAGUACUCUUUCAUUUACUAGGAACGCAUUAGUAGAAUUUGCAUGUCCUGGAACUCAAAUCACCAAGAACGGUACAUCGUUAGGAGCACUUGUAACAGCUACGUGUAAAACAGGUGAUGUCUUUACCAUAAAUGGUCAUGAUGUGCAUUGGUCCUAUUUGUCUUGUCAUAAUGUAAUUAAUCCCACUGUUAGGGAAAUUACUAGAAACACUGACACAAAUGAUCCAAACAAUCAAUGUGUUAAUAAUAAUAAAAAACUACAAAUAAUCCAAAUCGGAUUUGCACUAAGUACUAACCGUUUCACAGAAGCUAUGACUAUUUGUUUUGAUAGUACUAGUAAGCUUGCAAUAUACACCUAUUUUGUUCUGUCGGCAUCUAUAAAUUAUAGGGCUAGAAAUGUUGCCAACCCUUCCUUUUCACAGGAUGAUACUUUCUAUAGAAUGGGCAGGUCUGUAAAUACAAUGUACCAAAAUAUCCAGACCACUUAUAAUACCCUAGUUGGAUUAGAAUCUACAUCCACACAGUAUGUAAAUAGAAGUAUUUUUCCAAAUAGAGGACAUUUGGCUGCCAAAGCGGAUUUUGUAUAUGAGCCACAUCAAAGAGCAACUUAUAGAUAUUUGCGACAAAAAUAUUACAGUAAAAUCACAAAAUUUCACGUUUUCUGUCAGAACCGCCGACCGAUGCUAAAUAUCGACACAGUUAUGCUUCCGAUUAGUUCGGGAGGGCUCCGAGGAGGCAAUGACAUCAAACGGGACGUAGUAAACUCGACUGGGCUAGGUUGCAAUAUAUAUCCUAUGCAAACAAAGGCGCCGCUUACCAUAAAUCCUACUAGCAAUACUCUGAUUUAUCCUCUACCGGGCGAAUACAGUAUUAGAUUGGCUCCAAAUUCCCAGGUAGAAUUUUCGUGCCCAGAAAGUAGAAUCGCUGUCGGUGGAAAUGUAGGCAGCAACGUGAUAACAGCAACCUGUGAAGAAAAUGGUGCAUUUAAAAUUCCAUUGCUCCCCGAGGAUCAGGUUCUUGAUUAUUCCUCACUUAAAUGUAUCAGCGAACCUGUACCUACUGUCAGAAAAGUCAGGUACUAUGAACUCAAUCACGGAGAUCCUAAUAUUAACUGCCAUAACAAGUUACUUAACAAUUUAAUAAUUCUAAAAAUUGGAUUUCGAAUCGAUUCUUUUGGUCGAUAUCUUAACCAUAUUGAUGUCUGUUUUGAUAUUGUUGAUAAGAUUCCAGUUUACUCCCACUACAACAUUUCUGCUGCCACAAAUAGUAGGGCUAAAGGUUUUCAAAAUCCCUAUUUUAUACAAGACGAAAACUUUUACGAACUAAAUUCAGACUUAUAUCGACUUUUUAGAGAUGUAAAAUACACGGUAAACGAUAUCGUAGGAUUAAAUUAUGAUUCUGGCAAAUAUAUAAAUGGCGAUAUUUUCAUUAAUAAAGGUCACUUGGCUGCUAAAGCUGAUUUUGUGUAUGAACCUUUACAAAAGGCUACUUACAGAAAGACCAAGAAAACCGUUAAAUAUCCCAAUUCGCUUCCUGCUAUGAGUCCAUUUCCUCAAUCUGACAAACUUCUAAUUCAAGCCCUAUCUGAAAGUUGA